AUGGCUCUCCAACACGCCCUCCGGACCCUUUCUCAAGCCAGGUCACGAUGCGUCCCCAGGCACUCAUGGCCCCUCGCCGAACCUCACAGAGCGCGAGGGAUUUCUACUACUUACCUGAACAAGGUUGCCGAAGGCGAGGAGCGCUGGGAAAGGAGGGCAGAAAGGAUUCAGAAUGGCGAGGUCCGCCACGUUUGGGACAUCCUCGACGAGAGAGGGUACAUCAAGGACGUCGCAGGAAACCCGGAAAGAAUUAAGGAAAUCAUGCGCAUCAAGCGGAUAGGUGCCUACGUCGGCGUCGACCCAACCGCUGACUCGAUGCACAUCGGACACCUCAUACCCUUCAUGCCGCUAUUCUGGAUGUGGUUCCACGGAUACCCUGCCGUCACGCUCCUCGGCGGGGCAACAGCUCGAAUCGGCGACCCUACUGGUCGUCUCACCAGCCGCGAGCACAUGUCCAACUCGGACAUUUCGAAGAAUGUGACAAAGCUUCACUUCCAGCUUUCACGGCUGUGGCGCAACGUCAUUUCGUUGCGGGACAAGUAUGGAUACGAAAGCGACUGGGCGGCCAAGCGACAUUUGUUGAACAACAACAUGUGGCUACAAGGCCUCUCCGUAUACGACUUCACCAAGCGGCUUGCGAGGCAAACCAGGAUCGGGCCCAUGCUGGCGCGAGACACGCAACGGAAGAUGUCCGAAGGCGACGGCAUGUCCCUCGGCGAGUUCAUGUACCCGCUCUUUCAAGGCUGGGACUUUUGGCACAUGUACAACAAACUCGGCAUCCAGAUGCAGAUUGGCGGCUCUGACCAGUUCGGAAACAUCGUCGCUGGCAUUGACGCUCUCAAGACGAUACGCGAGAGCGAGGAGGCCCCCUUCGCUCGGAUGCCCACCGAGUGGCAGCACGAGCCCGUCGGGUUCACUGUCCCGCUGCUCACCGACUCAGCAGGCGCCAAGUUUGGGAAGAGCGCGGGCAACGCGGUGUGGCUGGACGAGUUCAAAACGUCGCCCUUUGAAUUGUACGGCUACUUCAUGCGGCGGUCCGACGAAGAGGUGGAGACGCUGCUCAAGCUGUUCACUUUCAUGCCCCUGAGCAAGAUCCAGGAGGUGCUGGUGCAGCAUCGCGAGGAUCCGGCGAAGAGGGCAGCGCAGCACACGUUGGCGUUCGAGGUCCUCUCCCUCGUUCACGGCUCGCAGAGGGCCCUACAGGAAGCGCAGCAGCACAAGUUCCGCUUCGGCGGCGAGCUGCCCCACGUCGUCAACGAGCCGACCGCCGAGAGCGGCAUCGUGACGCCCAACAACGCGCCACGAAGCGACAUUGAGCUCCCCCGCUCCGUCAUGAAGCUCUCUCCCGCGAAGCUCCUCUUCGCGACCGGCUUGGCCAGCAGCAACGCCGACGGCCAGCGUCUCGUCACCCAGCAGGGUGCCUACGUCGCCGCCCAACCGGGCCAGUCGCGCGGUCUUGUUCCCGGAAACCUCGCGUGGACGCCCAUGAAGAUGUGGUUCCCCGAGGAGACGGCAAAGUUCCUCAUCGACGACCGGAUCCUGAUCCUGCGCAAGGGCAAGCACAACGUGCGAAUCGUCGAGCUUGUCUCGGACGAGCAGUGGGAGGCGAGCGGAAAGUUUUACCCCGGCCAGCCCUACACGGGCGUCGUCCGUCGGAUGAAGCAGCAACUAAUGAAGGAAGUUGGCGAAAACGGCGAGGAGUUGACACCGAGCCAGAUGAAGCGGGCUCUCAAAGUGACGCAGCCGCUCAAGGUGGCUAACAACCCGGAUAUUGAGCUGCCAAACAAGCAGGAGAUGCGCGAGAGGGCCAAGGAGAGGAAGGGUGCUUCUAAACCGAGAGCGUGA